CUUGGAGUUGUCAAACGAGAUAAGUUUCAAGUCCUACGUUGCAAAUAAUGUUAUCUGGUAAACAUGUAAGUUAAUCCAAGUCGAUUCUCGAAAGCCGUAUUAGUUUAGUUGAACUCGGGACAACUGUUUUUUUACUUUCACACAAAUCAUGAAAAUGUGAGGUUAUAACAAAUUUACAAAACUGGUAGAUACAAUGGCUUUUGAAAAAGACACCAAAGACAGCUUGGCGCAGAAGUAUCUAACGAUAUUUUUCGUCGUUUCUGGAUACUGGGUUGUAUCCAUUCUGACUGUGUUUAUUAAUAAAACGUUAUUAAGCGAAUUAGAGCUAAAUGCACCCAUGUUUAUUGCUUUAUACCAAACUCUUGUAACAACCCUGAUAUGUUUGAUGCAGAAAAGUUUAGCCAGAAUGUUUCCACGUUACUUUAGUUUUCCAGAAACGAGUGUCUGGAGUAUGAAAACUAUAAAAACCAUUCUCCCAGUUUCGUUAAUGUUCACGAUGAUGAUUGCCAUGAACAAUCUGUGUCUCAAAUAUGUUUCAGUUGCAUUUUAUUACAUUGGGAGAUCUCUCACAACGGUUUUUAACGUCUCUUUCACGUAUUUAAUUUUGGGCGAAAAAACGUCAAAACAAUGUUUAUUUUUCUGCGCUGUGAUUCUAUUCGGGUUUUAUCUAGGGGUAGACCAGGAAAGUUUGUCUGGGACACUAUCAAUCAGUGGGACCGUUUUUGGCGUCCUUGCGUCCUUAUCGUUGUCGCUUUAUUCAAUUUUUACCAAAAAAGUUUUACCCAAAGUUGAUAAUGAAGUGUGGGCUUUGUCAUACUAUAAUAACAUUUAUGCCACGAUUUUAUUUCUAUUGUUGAUGUUGUUCAAUGGAAAUGAGUUUGUGGAAUUGUUCAACUAUAUGGAGUUGUUACACACGUAUUUCUGGUUUAUAAUGACCGUUGGAGGGGUGUGUGGGUUCGCAAUUGGAUUUUUUACAUCGUUACAAAUCAAGUACACAUCAGCCCUAACUCACAAUAUAUCGGGUACGGCAAAGGCUUGUGCCCAGACAGUGUUGGCAACUUACUGGUAUCAAGAAACCAAGUCGCUUUUGUGGUGGUGCUCAAACGUUAUCGUGUUACUAGGAAGCGCAGGAUAUGCUCGAGUUAAACAGCAGGAUAUGGAAAGAAAGCACAAGGAAAGUGCAAUUUAUCAGAAAGUUUGAUGAAAUUCGUCGUAGGAUCUGUGAUUUUUCACUAUCCACGUGGAACUUAUUUUACACCACAUGCUAUAAAUAAUUAUAUCAACAUGCAUUUAUCAUUUUGUAAUAUAUUCCACACACGUGUAGCGAUUUUAUUUGUAAUAAAUCAAGAGGAGAUGUAAGAUAUUUCCAAGAAAUGGGAAUAAAA